UUCUCCCUCCCAUCCCCUUUCUGUAAAGUUGUAAACAAGGGUCGUAGAACACGUUGUUUUUUUUUUUGUUAAAUAAAAUAGUUUAAUAAAACUUUGUUAGAAACCAUAAUGGCAGAAUCGCGUUCGUUACCAAACAUUCUCAUAACGGGAACACCAGGGGUGGGGAAAUCCACACUUUGUCAGCAGUUAGUGGAAAGAACCAAUUUUCAGUGGCUUGAGGUGGGUAAGCUUGCGAAGGAAAACAAUUGCUAUGAAGAAUUUGAUGAAGUUUACCGUUGCCCAGUUUUGCAUGAAGAUAAGAUUCUAGAUUUAAUGGAAGAUCAGAUGACUGAUGGAGGAAUAAUUGUCGAUUAUCAUGGAUGUGACUUUUUCCCUGAACGCUGGUUUGAUAUAGUGUUUGUGCUGAGAACAAACAAUACAGCCUUAUUUGAUAGAUUAUCAAAACGAGGCUACAGUGGGAAAAAACUGGAGGACAAUAUUGAAUGUGAAAUUUUUGGUACCAUUCAUGAAGAAGCAAUUGAUUCUUACAAGAAAGAUUCUGUUUUCGAAUUGUCAAGUAAUAGUGCAGACGAAAUGGAUGAAAAUGUUGAACAGAUUGUGCAGUGGAUAGAGCAAUGGAAACAAAAUAAAAUGUGAUUCC